AUGACAGGUCGAUUCGAAUGGAUGCUAUGGGGGCGUGUAUCCCUUAACACAUUUGGAUUGAGCCUGGUGGUUCAUUUCCGCCAACCGGGUGGAUAUAUUGGCUACCUUGUCUUUAUUGGCGACGCUGUAGGAAGUGCAAUCUGUGGAGCGAUCUGGACAAACACUGUCUUGAAGCAACUUGAGCAAAACCUUCCAGAGUCAGCUAUACCCGAUCUGACUCUAAUUUACGAACGUCUUCUGGCGCAGCUCAGUUACCCAGUCGGUAGCCUAACGCGGGAUGCCAUCGUGAAAGCCUGCGGCUCCGCCCAAAUAAGAGUGCUUGCUUCUGGGGCCGAGUUUAUGGGCUUCAUCUGGGUAGCUAUGACGAGGAAUCUGAACGUCAAGAACAUGGGUCAAACCAAAGGUACUGUCUUCUAA